AUGAUUUUGGAGAAAGACCAGUCCAACAAGAGGGACCAUCUAAGCCUUGGGCAUAUCCGGGAGAAAAACAGCUUGAAGAAAGGCCGAUGCAGCCAGAGGGACCAAGACCAAUCCAACUGGAAGGACCAUCAACGCUUUGGCAUACCCGGGAGGCCAAUACAAAUAGGGGGACUAUCAAAACCUUGGGCAUACCCUGGAGGAAAAUAUAUUGGAGGACUGACGCAACCAGAGCGACUAUCAAAACUUUGGAUAUUCCCUGGAGGAAAAUAUUUUGGAGAAAGACCAAACCAAUCUAAGGAACCUUUAGGACUUUGGGUAUACCCGGGAGGGAAAGGUUAUGAAGAAAGGCCAGAUGAACCAGAAAAUCCUUCCAAAAAAGGUGUGCCAGAAGAUGAAGCAUUAGGUAUACUAAUAGAAAGAAUACUAAAUGGUGAAAUCUCGUCGGAUUCUAGAAGUCGGAUUAUGCGAGCUCUGGGAUGCUAUUUGGCCAUGCCGUUGUCAGGUGGACUUAUAUCAGGCGUAACGAGUUCAGAAGCAACUUCAAAGCCGAGCACACUUUCCGAAAAGUUAAAAGACUAUUAUAAAUUGAAUGCUGCAAAAAGCAAAAGCAAGGAGCAUAGGGAUGUAUACAUAGAACUUAAACGAUGCGUUUACGGUCUCCAGCUUCCGGUGGGAUUCAAACGUGCCUUUCUACACAACAUAUACAAGUACUUCGAACUCUUGCCACAACUUAAACUAGGAGGGCCGAGGUCUGAGGAAGAACUUUACUGUCAGACCAAAAUUAUAGUAACUCUAAUCGAAGCUUGCAAAGGUGUUCCAUUAGAGCCUAAAAGUAUAAGGAUAUUGUUGGAUGCCACUGUCCUCCUAAUUAGACUGGUUAGUGGACCCUUAGAGGAACUACCGCCGCCAGUCCAAGAAAGUCAAACUGAAGUUAACAUCACGAUUGACGUAGAGGUUCAGCAGAAUGUAGAACUCGCACCUCCUCUAGAUAAUGAAUACAAAUUCCUUGAAAUUACACAAGAAUCCUAUGAGUAUGGUCCUGGUCCAGAAGAGUAUGUGGCACCAGAGGAACCGCAAGUAUAUGAACAACCACAAUUUGAGAUCAGUAUGGAAGCUAACAUGACUUUCGAAGAACUGUCAUAUGAAGAACAAUUUCCAGAACCAGUUGUCGAACCGUCGCCUGUACCGGUCCCGGAACGAUUCCAGGAAAAGCAUGAGCUAAGGCUGGAGUUUGAGCAAAAGUACGAAUCUGAAUCUGGCCUGUUGCCCCGACAGGAUUAUCCAGGUGAUCGUCCGGGUUAUACUAAUAUUUCUUUUGAAUUAGAAGUAGACGAAUCAUAUCCACCCGAAAAUACACAUCUGCCUCUAGUAGUGGAAGAGGAAGAAAUAGAGGCAAAUAUCUCCAUUACGUAUGAGAAUAAUCUGGUGCCAUAUAUAGAACAGCCUGUGUAUCAAACAGUCAAUGAAGAUCUUACAGUCAAUAUCACUAUAGAACGGGAAUCAGUGGAGUUAGUUGAACCUAGCACUGAACUGGCUGUUCCAGAAAUGCCAGACGUCGUAGAAAGCUACUAUUCGGAAAUUUCGAUAGACUGGGAUCUCUAUUAUGGAAAUAAUCCUGACGACAACACACCGUCAUAUAUUCCAACGCCUGAACCUGUACUCAACGCUGUAUCUCCCUUGAAGGAGACACUUGAAACGCUUGUUGGUGGGAAUCAGCCCUUGACACUCUUACCAGAGGUUGUUGAGACAGCUAAAAUUGUGAAUAGAAUCAAAAUUGACAUCAAAAUCAGCAUUGAAAGGAUUGUCGGUACGCUCAUUGGCUACCGCCCUGGACUUUGUGAAGUAGUUAGACAGGUGUACAGUCUAACAGCUUCGUUACUACAUACUACGGUACCACAAAAUAAUCCAAGAACAAUCGAUAUUUUGGUUAAAGUAAUCCUAAGUUCCCUGCGUAACGCACAACCCAGCAUUCUUCGAGUGAUCGAAGGUGUUUUGUCAAAAUUGUUCUCAAAAAUACUUAUGCCAUCUACAUUUCCUCUUGAUGAGAUUCUCAAACAAGUUAUACCCCUAAUAAGCAAUUGGAGUCGAUAUGGGACAAGUUGCCCCACCGACCAAGACUGA